GAGAAAUGAGAAACGUUACAAAAGUUGUGUUGUAUGAGUCCGAAAAUAAUUAGAAUGCGUGAAUCACAGUUCAGAGAACUGACAUCAAAAGCAAAAGUUUGGAAUUUUACCCACUUUACCUGAGUUAGAUCAAGUGGCCUGUGGGAAGUCUGCCUUUGUCAAGGCUGUGAGAGGUAUUGAUGACGAAAAUGACUAUUCAGCCACAGUUGAUGUUGUGGAAUCAGAAUUGGUAAAAUUUUACCAUUUUCUGAGUUUUAUUGCACACAGAGUAACACAACUUGACCUGGAAGCUGCAUUAUUAGAGAAAGUAUAAAAGCUGAUGAAAAAUAUUUUUCCUCAUCCGUACUAAAUUUGAAAUCGAAUCAAUGUGGGUAAAGAGAAAAAGUGAUUUUAAAGAAGAAGAGUUAUUGUCCAAGAUUCAGAUCGAAUUAUGUCCUGGAACAAAAGGCAAUCUCGGUAUCAGUAACUACGAACCAUACGGAUGGGAUUUUUUCCUUUUCCCAUUAGAGAUGCGGUAUGUACAAGCCGGACACACCUCGCUACAUGCAAUAUGUUUGAUUUCGGAACGCAAAUGGCUGGUUGCGCUAAGGUCUGUCGUAAAGAAAAUUGGCCCUGUAGAAGAGUCGUACACCUACGAUCCGGAGUUUAUUCGUCAAGUAGUAGAGUUUUACUUGAGAAAACUCGGAUUUCCCACUAAAGAUUCUGAAGAAUUCAAAGAAAUGUUUACAUUGCUCCAAAGAGAUGCGCUCAAGUUUUACUUGACGAGUGAUGCAGAGCAGCGGUCAUCUUUAAAAAUCUAGCACAUUUGCAUUCGAAGCCUC